CUUAACGGUCACCUUCACAGAAUAUCCUAUUCCAAAUGUCUCCCUGUCUGCCGCUUGAAAGUACUGACGCAAGGGCCUUCAUCUAGCCCAGGAGCUAGGUCAGAGUUAAAAAUACGCGUAAGACUGUCGGGGUCUAGAAGCAGGCAGUAUCACGGACAGCUACACUUCUAGAAGCUUCGAGGCGGUGCACAAGUCCAGAGGUAGAGGGAGUGGGAAUGAGCGAGCGAAGGCCCGGGGUCACGAGGCCGUUGGGGGGGAGGAGCCAGCGGCCGGGGAGGUUCUAGUCUGUUCUGCCUCGCGGCAGCCGCCCCCUUGCACUCGGUCACGUUGAGCCGCGCCCGAGCCUCCACAGCCGCCCCUCGCCUCCCGCCUCCAGACCAUGGAUCCCCGCAAAGUGAGCGAGCUUCGGGCCUUCGUGAAGAUGUGUAAGCAGGAUCCGAGCAUCCUGCACACCGAGGAAAUGCGUUUCCUGAGGGAGUGGGUGGAGAGCAUGGGAGGUAAAGUACCACCUGCUACUCACAAAACUAAAUCAGAAGAAAAUGUCAAGGAAGAAAAAAGAGAUGAUAAGACAGAGGAAAGCAUAAAGACGGAUGAACCAUCAAGUGAGGAGAGUGAUCUAGAAAUUGACAAUGAAGGUGUAAUUGAGCCAGACACUGAUAACCCUCAAGAGAUGGGAGAUGAAAAUGCAGAGAUAACUGAGGAGAUGAUGGAUCAAGCAAAUGAAAAGAAGGGGGCUGCCAUUGAAGCCCUAAAUGAUGGUGAGCUGCAGAAAGCAAUUGACUUGUUCACUGAUGCCAUCAAGCUAAAUCCUCGCUUGGCUAUUUUGUAUGCCAAGAGAGCCAGUGUGUUCGUCAAAUUACAGAAGCCAAAUGCUGCUAUCCGAGACUGUGACAGAGCCAUUGAAAUAAACCCUGAUUCAGCUCAGCCUUACAAGUGGCGAGGGAAAGCACACAGCUGUGAUUCUUCUUUCCAGGCUCAAAAAAUUGCUGAGCAUCGGAGAAAAUAUGAGCGAAAACGUGAAGAGCGAGAGAUAAAAGAAAGAAUAGAAAGGGUGAAGAAGGCUCGAGAAGAGCAUGAAAGAGCCCAAAGGGAAGAGGAAGCCAGAAGACAGUCUGGGGCUCAGUAUGGCUCUUUUCCAGGUGGUUUUCCUGGGGGAAUGCCUGGUAAUUUUCCUGGAGGAAUGCCUGGAAUGGGAGGGGGCAUGCCUGGAAUGGGAGGAAUGCCUGGACUCAAUGAAAUCCUCAGUGACCCCGAGGUUCUUGCAGCAAUGCAGGAUCCAGAAGUCAUGGUGGCUUUCCAGGAUGUGGCCCAGAACCCAGCAAAUAUGUCAAAAUAUCAGAACAACCCAAAGGUUAUGAAUCUCAUCAGUAAAUUGUCAGCCAAGUUUGGAGGUCAAGCGUAAUGUCAAACAGAGCCCUUGCUGAAUGAAGAGCAGCUUAGCUCACUUACUGGAU